UUGUAUUAUUAAUAAGUUACUAAAAACAAAUUUUUUUCAGUUCUAUGGUUAUCUUUCUCAACAACAAAAUAUGAUGCAAGAUUACAUUAGGACAUCUACUUAUCAGAGAGCAAUUUUAGCAAAUAUGGAAGAUUUUAAAGAUAAAAUAGUUUUAGAUGUGGGUGCAGGUUCUGGAAUACUUUCAUUUUUUGCUAUACAAGCUGGAGCAAGAAAAGUCUAUGCUGUUGAAGCAAGUUCUAUGGCAAAACAUGCUGAAACUUUAGUUUAUCACAAUAAAUUGGCAGGAAGAAUUAUAGUGAUACCUGGGAAAAUUGAAGAAAUUACUCUACCAGAAUUAGUUAAUGUGAUUGUUUCAGAACCAAUGGGAUAUAUGUUGUUUAAUGAACGUAUGCUUGAAACAUAUCUUCAUGCUAAAAAAUGGUUGUCACCUGAUGGUAAAAUGUUUCCUUCUAGAGGAGAUCUGCACAUUGCACCUUUUAGUGAUUCAUCUUUAUAUAUGGAACAGUUAAAUAAGGCUAAUUUUUGGUAUCAACAGUCUUUUCAUGGAGUAGAUUUAUCAAGUUUAAGAGAUGCAGCUGUUCAAGAAUAUUUCAGACAACCAGUUGUUGAUACUUUUGACAUACGCAUUUGCAUGGCAAAGUCUCUCCGUUACACUGUAGAUUUUCAGUCAUCACAUGAAUCUGAUCUUCAUCAAAUAGAAAUACCUCUAAGUUAUGUUUUGCUUCAAUCAGGAGAAUUGCAUGGUUUAGCAUUUUGGUUUGAUGUGGCAUUUUUUGGUUCCAUACAAACAGUAUGGCUUUCAACUUCUCCAACUCAACCUCUUACUCAUUGGUACCAGGUUCGAUGCUUAUUAAAUACACCUGUAUUUGUUCAAAGAGGCCAAACAUUAACAGGAAGAGUAGUUCUGAAUUCAAAUAAAAGACAAAGUUAUGAUGUAGAAAUAGAAUUGUGUGUUGAAGGAACAGGAACUCGUGCUUUCAAUACAUUGGACUUGAAAAAUCCAUUCUUUAGAUAUACAGGUCAGGCAAUACAACCACCACCUGGAUGCAAUGAAACAUCUCCAAGUGAGAGUUACUGGCAAACUCUUGAUGCUCAAAAUGGGGUUACUACUAAUGCUGAACUUGUAGUAAAUGGUAUGACAUUAAUGAAUGGAGAUAACGUCAUGGAAGUACAUCCUGUCCAACAACCUUCACAACAGAAUCUUGGAUCACAUCAUUCUAGUAUUAUUUCUCUUGGAUCAUUAUCUAGUCCAGGCACAAUGAGUGCAAAUAUAAAAGCAGGAACUUCUCGUAUUCAAGCAAGUAUUCCUACUAGUUCCAUAGGUGGAGGAAUUUCUCCAUCUCUUUUUACACAACAGCAACAACAGCAACAGCAGCAGCAAGUAGUAUUAGGCAAUACCUCUCAUUUUCCUGUCAAUAAUAGUUUAAUGAUUGGUGAUUAUGUUACACCUGGCAAUAUUGUGAUGCCUGGACAAAUGAAUCCAACUUUUAAACCAUAAUUAAAGAAAGCAAGAAUGGACAUCUAAAGUGGAAAUGAACUUUUUUCAUGAACAACAAUUACUUUGAAAAAACAUACAUGAGUGUGUGUUGUAUAAAUGUGAAAUGAAUGAAUGUGAUGUAUGGAUCAGGUGUGUUUAUUUUAAACACACCAAAAAAUUGUAUAUUUUGGACAAUGAAUAACAAAUUGAUUUGGAACAAAUGAUGCAGUCCUGCCAUUCCCUGUUAAUUUCAGUUGAGUUGUAAAAUCUCAUCUGUUGGGUGCUGUAGUAUGGUAUUUGGGGACAGUGAAUUAUUCAUGUGAUGGACAGUAUUUAAAUAGCAAAUUAAACAUAGCACUUUCAAUUUAAUUUUAAAUAAUUAUUUAUAGAUAAAAGUUCUAAGGUGCUCAAUAUGAAUUUCUGCUACCAUUCUGAAUUAUCUGCAACAACGAGAUAAACUUUUACUGAUAACAUAAAGGUCAUAUAGGAAUGUCCCCUUCUAUUUAUCGUCAAUAAAUUGUUCAUGUCGCAAAUCUACAAUGGUGCUCAUCCAGACUAAAAUAUGGAAAUGGUGUAAGACAUUCUCACAGGAUCGACUUAGACUAAGCCAUAGUAGAAUGUUUUUACAUAAGCUCACAUUAUUGGUGGUUCGUGUCAGAGUGUUGUCUUAUUUGUCUAGCACAUAAAGUUGCAUUAGAAUUAGUUCAGUAAAGACUCGAAAAGUAGACAUUUCUCUGCAUGGCACAAAUUGUAAUAGUGAUGUAUUUUAUUGUGACCACCAUACUAUCAAUCUCAAGGAUUUAUCCUUGUUGUAAACAGUCUCGUUAUAAGAGACCAUUGAGUAUUUUUUCAAUCAUCUCCCACUGGUAAUCAUCAAGUAGGGAAUAAGUAGAAUAAUUUAGACUAUUGCAUUUUAAAGUUUGUUGCAAUUAUUGGCAGGUCUGCUGUUAAAAUUUUUGUGUUUGUGUGUCUUAUAGACACUGAGAGAUCAUGUUGAUGUCUUUGGGAUGUGAAAUUCAUAGCCACAGUAUUUUCUAAUUUAUUUGUUUUGUGUUUGAAUAAUCACUGUAGUUUUAUAGGUUAUGAGUUUCAACAGUCUCAAAGAUAAGUUGUAUGAAUUCUGUUCUGGAAGUUUAAUUUUUCCAGUGAGAAUUCUGUAUAGGAUUGUUUUCUUCCACCCUGUAAUGCCAAUAUUUGCCUUAAGACUGCAGUUCUGUAGAAGUUGCUUGGCAGCUUUUAGAUACAAAAUUUAUAAUUAUAAGCAAAAAUUCAGUUUUUUGUUUUAUCUUUAAAGCCAUUUGAAAGCAUUUUUAAAUAUCAAAAUUCAAAAAUAGCUUUUCCUUUUUUUAAUAGAUAUGCAAUUUGGAUCAUUCUCAAAAAUAAAGUGGAUUUUAUGUUGACAGAAAUUUGUCAGUUGAAUCUGUAUCUGCACUAUUAAAACUUAAUAAAAGUGGCACAAUGUGUAUACUUUUUUCUCCUUGUCUCGUAAGAGACAUUCAAAACUUGAUAUAUAGUAUGGUUUUGAACAAUGUAUGAUAUUGUGAAAAUUAAUCAUGAAAUGUCAGUCUUAAAAUUUGUAUAUAAUCUGUAGUUUAUAAACAAUUUACAAAAAAUGA